AUGUCGGAGGUCAAGGACGAACGGGAUGCCGAGAUAGACGCGCUGGAUGCGCUGGGCGCGCUGGCCGACUUUGCGACGGAUGCGGCCAAGGAGGAGCCUGAGGGCGGCGGCGGUGGCGAGGCCGGCGGCGACGCCGAGGCCGCGGCCGCGCUGGCAGCAGGCGCCACCGCCGCACUGCGCGGCCUGCCGCAGCAGGUGCCCGUGCAGUACGACCGGCUGGGCCGCGAGCUGCAGAAGUGGAUCCAGUGCAACCGGUGCGAGAAGUGGCGCAAGGUGCCGUACGGGCUGGACGACAAGGAUGUGCCAGAGGAGUGGCAGUGCAAAGACAACAUCUGGGACGCCGCCUUCGCCUCGUGCGACGUGCAGCAGCAGCUGACCAAUGAGGAGAUCGACGAGCUGCUGGAGACGCAGGCCGCUGAGCUGGCGGCGGCGCAGCAGAUGAUGGCGGCGCAGCAGGCGCAGCAGCAGAUGGCGGCGGCGGCGGCCGCCGCUGCCGCCGCCGCCGCCGCGGCAGCCGCCGCGCUCAGCAGCAGGAGCUGUAUGAUGACCCUGGGGCUUACGAUGAUGAGGAUUACGAGGAUGAAGGGUGGGUUGCGGGGCGGGGCUGAAGGGGAGGAGGGUGCUGUGGAUGGCAGGUACGGCCGGCGCGGCAAGCGCGCCAACGGGCGCACCGGGCGCGGGCGCGGCGGCGGGCGCUGGGGCGGGCGCGGCGCCAAGGGCCGCUCCCGCCGCCAGCAGGAGGUGUACCAGCUGCCUGGGCCGGGCAGCGCUGCGGGGCGCGUGGCCCUCGACGACCGCUCGCAGCGGCAGGGCAGCCGGCGCAGCGGGUCGCUGCCGCCGCAGGCGCGGGGUGGGCGGCCGCAGCGCGCGGCGGGCGGCCGGUUUGCGGGGCGGGGCGGCGACCAGGAUGAGGCGGCGGAGGCGCUACUCGGCAUGGGCUUCAGCUUCGAUGGCGAGGAGGGGGAGGAGUAUGGCGGCGCGGGGCGCGAGCGCUAUCCCCCCGGCCGCAUCGUGUGGGCGCGAGUGGAGGGGCACGAGUUCUGGCCCGCACGCGUGUCCGUCAGCGGCGCCUUCCGCGGCGGGCGAGGAGGGCGCGGGCGCGGCGGGCGCGGCCGCGGCCGCGGCAGGGGCCGCGGCCGCGGCGGCAGGGGGCGCGGCCGCCUGUCGCGGUAUGAGGAGGACGACUUCUCAGAUGAGGACUACGAGCCGGGCGGCGGCAACGGCGGCGGCGGCGGCGCCGCCGCCGUCGUGGCCACCGCUGCUGACGUGGCGCUGCCGGGCGGCCCGCAGCGCAUCGUUGUGGAAGCCAUCCUGGCCUGGCGCUGGCCCCCCGCGCUGCAGCCGCAGGCGGCGGUGGCCACCACGGCGGUGCCGGUGCCGCCCGCGGCGGUGGCGCUGGAUGCCCUGCAGGCAGCCGAGGCGCAGCCGGCGGCGGCCGCAGAGCAGCAGCAGCAGGCGGCGGCGGCAGCGGAGGCUGCCGCCGCAGAGCCAGCCCCUGCAGCUGCUGACGGGGCAGCACCGAUGGCAGUGGAUGCACCCGCCCCUCAGCAGCCCAAACAGGAGGCCGGGGUGCUCAAGUUCAAGAAGCGGUACGGCGGCGCGCCCUGCAGCCACAUGGAGGAGGGGUGGGCGCAGCCCGAGCGCUUUGUGGCGCGCCGCGCCUCGCCCCACGGCCCCGGCUGGGAGGUGCUGGUCAAGUGGGGGGGGCUGGGCUAUGAGCACGCCACCUGGGAGAGCGAGUUUGAGCCCUUCAUGCUGGCCCCCGAGCACCAGGCCCUGCACCGCGACAUGUGGCAGCGCUUUGCCGCCGCCAUGGCCCACGCCGCGCCCGAGGCGGUGGAGGCGGGCAAGGCGGCGCGCAUCGCGGCGCGCACCUGCAUGCCUCCCGUGGCCGCCACGCCGCCCUACGUGCACGGCAGCAGCCUGCACCCGCACCAGCUGGAGGCCGUCAACUGGCUGCGCCGCCAGUGGAGCGAGGGCAACAACGCGGUGCUGGCGGACGAGCAGGGGCUGGGCAAGAGCGCCAGCGUGCUCGCCUUUUUGCAGAGCCUGCGUGCCGACUUUGCCUGCACCGGGCCCGUGCUGCUGGUGGUGCCCGCAGCCAGCCUGCCCUUCUGGGAGGGCGAGUUUGCCUUCUGGCUGGGCGCCGGCGUGGAUGUACUGCCGUACUACGGCCCCGUGGCAGCGCGCGCCGUCAUGCACGACCACGAGCUCUGGCUGCACCCAUCCAGCCUAGAGGGGCGAGGCCUGCCCCGCUCCACGCUGGUGGACCGGGUCUCCGCCCUGCGCCAGCUGGUGGAGCCGUUCAGCCUGCGGCGGCCGCGGUCGCUGCUGGGCGGCGCGGUGCUGCCGCGGGGCGAGGUGCGGGUGCCGGUGGGGCUGACGGCGGCAGCGGCGACGGCGUACCGCACCGUACUGGCGCGCUCCUACGAGCUGCUGUCCGACCCCAAGCCCAGCAGGCACAGCGGCUACCGCGCAGCCCAGCUGCGCAACGUCGCCACCGAGCUGCGAAACGUGUGCUGCCACCCCGCGCUCAGCGAGUGGGCGGAGCGGUCGGGGGGAGCCGCCGGCGCCGCCGGCGCCGCCGAGCAGCCCGCCGCGGCGGCGGCGGCCGGCGGGGCGGAGGCGGCGGCGGCGGCGGGGGCGUCCCCGCCGCCCGGUGGCGGCGAGGGCGGCGAGGGAGAGGGCGCGCCGCGGCUUGGCACCGAGCGGCUGGUGCGGGGCAGCGCCAAGCUGGCGCUGCUGGACUGCAUGCUGCGCCAGCUGCACGCCGCGGGCAAGCGGGUGAUGGUGCUGGCGCAGAGCCCCAAGGCGCUGGAUGCGGUGGAGCAGCUGGCCAGGGAGCGGUACGGCGGUAUAUCUGGCGGUACAUCCGGCGGUACCGCGGGCCAACAGCCGCCCUGCUACGAGCGCGUCGACUCCACCACCAAGACCGCCGAGCGGCAGCAGGCGGUGCAGCGCUUCAACGCGGCGGCGGGCGCGGGCGGCGCCCAGCGCUGGCUCUUCCUGCAGCACACGCGGUCGUGCGGCGUGGGCACCGACCUGCCCGGCAUCGACGCCGCCAUCUUCCUCGACUCGGACUGGUCGGCUCGCAAGGACGCGCAGGCGCUGUCGCACGCGCUGCGCGUGGGCUCCCCCGAUCGGCUGCGCGUGUACCGCCUGUACUGUCGGCGCACCUGUGAGGAGCGGCUGCUGCAGCUGUCGGACCGCAUGCGCGGCCUGGAUGCGCUGUGCCAGCAGAGCCACGGCCGGUCAUACUCCUCUGGGGCCAAGGUGUUUGAGGAUGUGCUCCACUUUGGGGCCGCCCAGAUACUGCAGCAGGCCAAGCAGCAGCAGCAGCAGCAGCAGCCCGCGGCGGCGGGCGGACGCGGGGACACCGAGAUGGGGGAGGCGCCGCCUGCUGGCGCGGCAGCAGCCGCCCCGGAAGCCGGCGGGUACAGCGAGGACCAGGUGCGGCAGCUGCUGGAAGCCGACCCCGCGCAGCUGCUGGCGGCGGCCGCGGGCGGCGAGGCCGCCGCCGACGCGCAGCAGCAGCAGCAGCAGCAGCCCGCCAGCUGUGCCGUCGGCCCGGCCGGCAGCGGGCUGGAGGCCGCCACGGUGGUCGACCUCAGCGGCGUGCGUUUCAGCUCCUGCUGA